AAAUGACAUCACUGUUAGGGGCGUGUCGUACUUGUGAGUGACACAUACAGUAGCCAAUGGUAAAGCGUCGCUUGCCCGGACAACAAUGGCGGCCAUCUUUUUGUCCAAUCGGUUAGCGACAUUGACAUCCGUAAGCGACGCCUCCGCAACGCUGCUUCAACAGCUAACAAAAUGUGAUUUGAAUGUCAAAAAUGUAUAAUGGAUAUUCACUUUGAAUUACAAAUUGUUCUUAUCUAUUUCAAGAACGUAUCAAAUAAAAUGUAAUGACGGGAGAGGGAGAUUUUUAAGUGUCAUGAUCUUGUAGUAUCUGAAGAAAGCAACGCCCCUCUUGCUUGAUUGGCUACCUGUUAAUUUUUGCUACCUGUCAAUCAAACGUUACCAUUGCCGUUGUGUUUUGCGGUUUCCUCACCGAGUCAAAACCAUUUUCAAACUGAACUUUUUCUCCAGGUAAAGUUCAUCCUUCGUCUGUAUAAAUCGUUUUAAUUUUCGAAAUAUUUUUGGGGUCCAAUCUUAUUAGCUAAAUACACAAGUGCUGAAUGAGUUUUAGAACGGUUUACUAGUUAGCUCAUGUGUUAGCUCAAUUUGCUAAACCAACGUAAUGAGCUAAUUGGUUUGUUCAUUAAAUCUUGUUUUUCCCCCCCAGAUCUCUGUUUACGUUCUGUUUCGCUGAAAACAUGACAUGUGUACAACAAAUAAGGACAUCUAAGAACACUCACCUGAUGCCCAAUCAGGUUGUGUCCGAGCAGCAGUCCAUCACUGUCAUCAAAAAUCUUUUGGCCAUAGGCGUGUCGGGCAUCAUGUACCUCCGAGGACUUUUCCCUGAGGGAGCCUACGGGAUCAAAUAUUUUGAAGAUCAGAGAGUGAUGAUCCUCAGAGAGGAACGCAGUUGUCCCGGCGCCUGUCAGCUUGUCAAAUGGAUUAUGGGAUGCUUUCAUGCCAUUCAGAUGAAAUAUCUGCAGACCGUCAUUAUCACAGUUUCGUCAGAGCCCGACAACCCUCAGAACGUGACCGAGUUUUAUCAAUUCAGGAUUCAGUACAACACAGAAGGGGCUCAGUUGGACUUUGCCAGCAAUGAAAACAAGGAUCUUGCCGUGUCUUUUGGCAACACAAAGAAGGCCAGCAUGCUGCUGGUGAGGAAGCUCUACCUGCUUCUGCAGAACCUCGGCCCUCUGCCCAACAAAACUUUCCUGAGUAUGACGCUGACCUACUAUGAUGAUGUUACGCCGCAGGACUACCAGCCACCGGGCUUCAAGGAUGGUGAUGACAACAUGCUGGUGUUUGAGCGGGAGCCGGUGAGUCUGACGAUGGGCGAGGUGGCCACGCCCUUCCACUCGCUCAAGUUGGACAUGGUCACCGAGAGACACAGGCUGGAGCCGGUGGAGGAGAGCACAAGAAAGAGAAACAGAUGGUGCCUUCGGCUAAAACGUGACGGGAGCCUGUCACAGGAGUCUCUCAGUGAACAUGUGGACAACACGCCCCAAAACGACAAAAUAGACAAUGAAGCACAAGAGAUUGAGCUGACCUGCCAUGAGAAGACUUGUGAGGUUGAAACGAUGGAGACUGUUGUGCUGAAGAGAACAUCCGACAUGGAGACGUCCACAAUGACCACCAGGAGCGGACGCGUCAUUCAACACACCAUGCAACGGAAAAAGGCAACGAUGAGCACAAGGAAGCAAGCACCCGUCCAGAAAAAUAUGGUUCGCCAGUACAACAUCCCCAACAGUCAGGAGGUACCUCUGAAGAAACGCAAGUUCAGCGAGUCCAAAAAGAACGUGUAAGCUCGUCUCUUUUUUUUCCCCCCACCUGUGAGGUCUUUUAAAAUACCGCACGAGAACUUUGUUGCGUUAGCAGUUGGAAGAGUUUUCUUGUCUUUUGGUUGUUGUAUUGGUGAGGUUCUCACUGUCUUGUUAUUGUACCAUUUGAAAUGUUUGACUUCUGCAGGUCAGCACUGCCAUAAACAACAAGUUCAAAUCGUU